AUGGACAAACUACCCCAGGAGCUGAUCUGCCAGAUUUGCAGCAAUCUCUCUCCGAACGAUCUGUGCAACGCCUACUAUGUGUCGAGCAUGUUCCGUGACGCAGCGGAGGACUACGCCAAAAAGUACAAACAUGGUCGCGUCAAGUGCCCCGAGCACAAAGCCAACAUGGCAAACACUUAUCGCGGAUUUCGCCAUCGCUAUAUCGAACGCGUGAAAUUUUGUGUUGCUCCUCCACCGCCGAGCAAAAGUAACGAGUAUGGCUGCUGCCAAGUCAGUCGCGAUGAACAGCACAAGAGAAACGAGAUUUUCACCGCCCAAAUCCGAGACUUGUUUGCGACGCUCAAGACAAUGGAAGAUACCGCAGGCGGGAGGAACGUUGGAAAUUACGACCUCGUUAUCUGCAGUGUAGAGCGUCCCGAAAGCUCCUGCUUACACAACGAUCAUUCUGCAAGGCGAACCUGCUUGUUGGACCCCAAGAAACUUCCUGACAUCAAAUCUGUCCGCUCUCUGAAGUUUAACGACAACAGAGUAGGCAUCAAGUACGAUUAUAGGAUCCUAAUCGACCUCAUCGCUCAUCUACCAAACGCAAGUCAUCUGGAGUGCCAUAUGGGAGUGGAUGAAUGGACGCCCUGUUUCACCGACGAGCCAGCGAAUUGUUAUACCUGGGACUAUGAUGGUCCCCGGAGAGAUACCAGGCAUGGCUUCGCUAAUGCGCCAUUGUCCUCCAGCAGUCUCCAGCGGCUCGAAAGUGUUAAGCUGGACUUCUUUUGCCAGAAUGUCAUGACACAAGCCGACUACAUCCAUCAAUACAUGUCAUAUCCAAAUCUUGUCCGUCCUGCUUCACAGGAUCCUUUCAGCACUAGUCUUCGCAUUCUGUCUUAUCAUCUCCGCGAGCUUGAUCUGCGGAUCCAGGUAGACGAAAGCCUAUUCUGGCCUACCGACGGAUCGACGGCCACAUGGCCAUAUCUUCAAAAGGUCCGCGUCAUGUUCCACAUGGUGACGCCAUCUGGGACUUAUUACUUUGAGGGGCCCCGAGGCGAAGGUAGAGAGUUAAUGGGGCAUGAGAUUGGCUCUUCUGAAGAACACCCGGAGUAUCCUUCCGACGACGAAUGCGAUGUGUGUUGUACUGUCCGCGAGCACAGCCGCUCAUUCGGAGACUGGGUUUCUUUCCAGUUUCGCAUAUGCGCGAAUGAAGGCGUUCUGGUGCCCUUUUUAGCAAGCUUUGCUAAGGCUGCGUUUCACAUGCCAGCUUUGAAGCACGCUGUACUAUACUCUUUGCUUUCGUGGGACGUGGAUGGUGACGACGAUUACGUCGACCAAUUCCAUUAUUACGAGCCUCCCAAACGGUUUUUUCCCGACUCCAUGGCCUGGGGCUUUGAAUACUGUGCUCCUGGAAUAAUAUCUAUUUCAAUGACCAACUCGGACAUUGUAAAUCUGAAAGAACGGCGGAUUAGAUGGAGGGUCGGAGAGUGGCGUCCUGAUUCAGAAACUCAUAGCCUCUUCCAGAGAAUUGGCCUCCAGCAACAUGGGCCGGCGCUAGAGGAACAGUGGACAGACGAUGAAUUUGGGUCGGGUUUUGUUACACGUGACUAUUUUGAGAAUGAUUACGUUGACGAAUGA